CCGCGGCCUCGCAGAGUGCCCAAGCGCCCGGCGCCCUGGCCAGGGGCUGUGCGAGCGCCGAAGCUGCGGCUGGACCAAGAUGCCUGGUGAACAGCAGACAGAGGAGGAGGAAGAGGAAGAGAUGCAAGAGGAGAUGGUGCUGCUGGUGAAGGGUGAGGAAGAUGAGGGUGAGGAGAAGUAUGAGGUGGUGAAACUCAAGAUCCCCAUGGACAACAAGGAGGUCCCGAGCGAGGCGCCAGCGCCGUCGGCCGACCCGGCGCGCCCACACGCGUGCCCGGACUGCGGCCGCGCCUUCGCGCGCCGCUCCACGCUGGCCAAGCACGCACGCACGCACACGGGCGAGCGGCCCUUCGCGUGCACCGAGUGCGGCCGGCGCUUCUCGCAGAAGUCGGCGCUGACCAAACACGGCCGCACGCACACGGGCGAGAGGCCCUACGAGUGCCCCGAGUGCGACAAGCGCUUCUCGGCCGCCUCGAACCUGCGGCAGCACCGGCGGCGCCACACGGGCGAGAAGCCGUACGCAUGCGCGCACUGCGGCCGCCGCUUCGCGCAGAGCUCCAACUACGCCCAGCACCUGCGCGUGCACACGGGCGAGAAGCCGUACGCGUGCCCGGACUGCGGACGCGCCUUCGGCGGCAGCUCGUGCCUGGCGCGUCACCGACGCACGCACACGGGCGAGAGGCCGUACGCAUGCGCCGACUGCGGAACGCGCUUCGCGCAGAGCUCGGCGCUGGCCAAGCACCGGCGCGUACACACGGGCGAGAAGCCGCACCGCUGCGCCGUGUGCGGCCGCCGCUUCGGCCACCGCUCCAACCUGGCGGAGCAUGCGCGCACGCACACGGGCGAGCGGCCCUACCCGUGCGCGGAGUGCGGCCGGCGCUUCCGUCUCAGUUCGCACUUCAUCCGCCACCGUCGCGCGCACAUGAGGCGCCGGCUCUAUAUCUGCGCCGGCUGCGGCCGGGACUUCAAGCUACCGCCUGGCGCCACGGCCGCCACUGCCACCGAGCGCUGCCCAGAGUGCGAGGGCAGCUGAGCCACCGUUCUUGUCGCCGCGGGGUUGCGAGCGUCCGGCUUGUGGGAGGAGUGGGGGCGGACACGCUGGGACCCUAGACCUGGGGCCGCAUUAACCAGGACCUCCCUGGCUCACCACCAGGGGCUGGGAAAGGGUGGGAUGGCAGGCCUGGCUGCCUUGGAACUGGGAGGCAGGGAGAAUCCCCUUACUGGGAACCCUGGAAACAGUGCCCACUCCCCGCUCACUACAACCCCUUGACCCGUGUUAGUGAAUAAAGUAUUAUAUCCUCGCCCCACCUGUGCCUGUGAGUGAGGCGGGGGGAAGGAGGAAAGUUGGUGUCUUAUCCAGGCUUAAGUGACUUGAAUGAGUUAUGGAGCCAAGUGGGGCAAUAGGCCCAAAGGGGUUCCCUGAACUGGCUUUUUAUGUGUGUGGGGAGUCCUCAUAACUUAAGGUCUGGAAGGGUCCACAAAUAGAGCAUAUUCUGGUCAAGCAGCCGCUGCAUUGUUCGGCGAGCAGGCAUGAAUUUCCUUCUAGGAGAGAUGGGCUGACUUCAUUUCUUAACUUGGAUGCCAGCGUUCGGUGUCAGGAGGGCACAGGAUGAGGAGCAGGACAGGAACUGAAGUGGUGGCAAUUGUUACACCCCAGUCUGGACACGUUGAGUGUGAGGUAAACGCAGAGGAGUCAGGUGACUGGAAAUAACAGCUUGGGGAUAGCAGGUCUGGAGUGCAUGAUGCCUCUUCUAGAAGAGGGUACCCAAGGAAAGUCUGUGAAAGGACAGCCAGAGCUGGAAAGAAAACAGCGUCCUGUCUGGGAAAUCUAAAGGAAAGUGUUUCAUGGAGGGAGUGGUCACUCUGUUAGAUGCUGUAUCUGUAGCUCAGGGAAAGUGGUGACAGGAGGAGUGGGGGUGAAAGCCAUCCUUGAGUGGGCGAGAGUAUAAAUAGAAUGAGGAAGCCGAGUGGAUGGGUGUAGACAACCCAUUUUAAGAGGCUUGGCUGUGAAAAGCAAGAGGGAAAUGGCUGGAGGUUUGUUGGGUUUGUUUGGUCAGUAGGGAAGAAACCUGAUGAUGCUUUAUAUAUGCUGGUGGCAGAGCUGACCGAAAGGAAGAGAAGUUGGUUAUAUAGAAGAGAAGGGAGGUAACUCAUCAUGGAGAGGACAUACGAUAAGAGACCAGUAAGGAUAAGGUUCCUGCUGUCAGUAGUAGGGAGAGGAAAGGUGGGUCUGGGAAUACAAAGCUGAAGCAGUUUUAAUCCGCAUUUUGUUUUACCUGGCAAGUAAGAGGUCACUGGUUAAAAGGGAGUGAGGUCAUUAGUAAAAGGAAUGAGACCAGUAAAAAGGAAUGCCUCUUUAGGCUCAGAGGGGCAGCAAAAGUAGUUUGGAGGGUUUUUUCCGGCAUUACUGCACACUGAGGGAGGUAGGCCAUGGUUAUCCCCUAAAGGGAAGUGAUGUGCCUGAGGUCACACAAGGGGUAAAUCAUACGCACCCAACACUAGAGGUGCAAGUGGAAAUUGGCCUUGGGAGGAUAGGGGAGGAGGUAAGAGGCCCUCUCCAAGAUGAGAGGAGUCUCUCUGUUCUCCCUAUCAGACACUUGACCCUAAUUUGUGAGGAGGGCCCAGGGAGAGGAGCAUUAGGCUCUCACAGGGUUGGGGUCCUGAUCGAUAAAGGUGGGUUUUAGGCCCAGGACCCUCUUAACUGUUGACAUUCCCUGCUCUGGGGCCCUGAAAGUUUUGAGUUGAAAAAGCAAACAGAUAACUGCAAACUUAGAAAGUCCCUCCUAUAUGCCAGGCACUGUCCUAAGCACUCUCCUUAAAAACGACUUAAACCUUACAACCCUAUAAGGUAGAUACCAUUAUUUUAAUUUUAGAUGAGGAAACCAAGGUGCAGAAAGACUAAGUAAUUUAAUGAACGUCAUCCAGCUCGUAAUUAUCAAAGAUGGCAUUUGAACCCAGAUAGCCUGGCUCCAGAAUCUGGGCCCUUAACCAACACUACAAUAUAGCCUCCAGUCCCCUUUAGAGGCCCAGAAGGGCUAAGGGAAUUGCAUGACAUCAAACAGGGAUCUUGCUAGAAACCCACUCUCUCUGCCCUGUAGGUGGGAGGUAUACUAGAGAAACAUGGCAGCUGGGCUCAGAGGCAUCCCUGGUGCCCUGCUCCAGU